UGUUUUUGCUAUCGUCUUCGAGAGAGAGAGAGAGAGAGAGAGAGAUUUGGUUGUUUGUUGACGAAGCUUCUUCGGGUCUCUCUUCUUCUUCUUCUCCGUUCUUUCGAUUGUCAACGCGUUUCAUCUUCAAUUUUGCUUUUCGAGCUUCAAAUACUGUUUAUCAGAUCAAAUCAAUAAUUCAAAUGGCUAGCUCUGGAAACAAGAACAUCAACGCCAAAUUGGUAUUACUUGGAGAUGUUGGGGCUGGUAAAUCAAGUCUUGUGCUGCGUUUUGUUAAAGAUCAGUUUGUUGAAUUCCAGGAAUCGACCAUUGGUGCAGCUUUUUUCUCUCAAACACUGGCUGUGAAUGAUGCCACUGUGAAGUUUGAGAUAUGGGAUACAGCUGGUCAGGAACGAUACCAUAGCUUGGCUCCAAUGUACUACAGGGGUGCAGCUGCUGCAAUUAUUGUCUUUGACAUUACUAAUCAAGCCUCAUUUGAGAGGGCGAAGAAAUGGGUCCAGGAACUGCAGGCACAAGGUAACCCUAAUAUGGUGAUGGCCCUUGCUGGAAACAAAGCUGAUUUAUUAGAUGCUAGGAAGGUGUCUGCAGAGGAGGCAGAAGUAUAUGCUCAAGAGAACAGCCUUUUCUUCAUGGAAACCUCAGCGAAGACUGCAACAAAUGUCAAAGACAUAUUCUACGAAAUCGCGAAGAGACUACCGCGUGUUCAGCCAGCAGAAAACCCAACAGGAAUGGUUCUCCCAAACGGACCAGGGGCUACAGCAGUGAGUUCAUCGUGUUGUGCUUAGUUUCGUACCUUAAGAGAGAUCUCUUUUGGUUAGUCACAUAGUAGAGAAGAACAUCGAGACUUUAUGUGUUUGCUUCUUCGUC